GCGGCGGGUUCGUUUGUUUGUUACUGUAGUUUAAAAAUGGCUGUAAUUAAUUCGUUAGGAACGUUAGAAAAGUUUAUUAGUAACUCGGAUAACACUGAAAAUGCGUUUUAUAUAUCUGAAAUACCGGACGUAUGCAAGGAAUACCCUUGUAUUGUGGGAAUCGACGAAGCUGGCCGAGGUCCGGUUUUAGGUCCUAUGGUGUAUGGAACCAGUUUCUGUCCGAUAAACGAGCAAAUGAUCUACAACAAACUGGACUGUGCGGAUUCGAAGGAGCUCAACGAAGAGAAACGAGACCUAAUAUUCACCAACAUUUGCAAACAAAACAAAACCGUUGGUUGGGCGGUUGAUAUAAUUUCACCUAACAUCAUUUCAAACAACAUGUUGAGCAGGAAGAAGGUCUCCUUAAAUCAAAUCUCCAUGGACUCGGCUGUAGGGCUUAUCAGAGCAGUCGAGAGUGCAGGAGUCAAGAUUGCCCACGUAUUCGUCGAUACUGUAGGCCCGCCCGAGAAGUACCAAAGCUAUUUGAAAGGACUGUUUCCCCAAUUCGAAAUAACUGUAUCAAAGAAAGCCGAUUCACUCUACCCGGUGGUCUCGGCCGCUAGUAUUUGCGCCAAAGUGACUCGAGACCAUGCCCUGAAGGUUUGGAAAUUCGCAGAAGACAUCGAAGCCACCUACGAGAAUUACGGAAGUGGCUACCCAUCAGAUCCGGUCACAAAGAAAUUCAUGGAAGGGCACUGCGAUCCGGUGUUCGGGUACCCGCAGUUAGUGAGGUUCAGUUGGUCGACUGCGGAGAAUGCUUUGGAGAAACUAGCGUAUCAUAUCGAUGGUGAAAAUAAGGAGCCUACUAAGAAAGCUCCUCCAGUUAACAAUACUUCCAUCACUUCGUUUUUUAAGCUAGCUAAUAAGGAUAAUACGGAAAAGAAAGUACCUCACGAAUUCUUUGCACAGAGAUGCCUUAGUAGAGACGUUGAGUUUUAGUUAUAUAAAUUUAAUUGGUUCACUAAUAACUAAUUUCGUUAUGCACAGAAAUCGUAUUAAAAUCUUUUUAAUUUUGCUAAUUGAUUGUUUCUUCUCAUGGCCAUUCUUCGCACUCUUUUCCAGUAUUCUAAGCUUUCCGGGUCGAGUUCCUCCAGAGGCGGAGGUGGUCCGGUUCUUAGGGUCCACAGCCAAUCUGGGUACUCGCUGUCCGGUUUUAUGGCAACGUCCUCUCCGGUUUUGUAAAUAUUGGAACCACAUACGAAUUUGACUAGUUUUUCUGGAUCGGUUUCCACUGGCAACACUUUCUUUUCUACGACUGGACCUAGUUUGCCUCCUUUCUUUUUCU